AUGAAGAAUUUAUAUCUUUUCCUUGCUGUCCUGUUCAUCCCAUGGAGCUUUACUUUGGCAAAGUAUGAUGAAUUCGAGGAUGGGGAUGACAUCAUGGAAUAUGACGAUAACGACUUCGCCGAAUUUGAGGAUGUGAAUGAAGAUGCAGUCACAGAGUCUCCUCAGAGGAUCAUCACUACAGAAGAUGAUGAAGAAGAAGCCACUGUAGAGCUGGAAGGUCAGGAUGAGAAUCAGGAAGACUUUGAUGAUGCAGACACGCAGGAAGGUGACACUGAGAGCGAACCAUAUGAUGAUGAGGAGUUUGAAGGCUAUGAAGAGAAACCAGAUGCAUCUCAUAGCAAAAACAAAGACCCCAUAACAAUAGUUAAUGUCCCUGCUCACCUUCAGAACAGCUGGGAGAGUUACUACAUGGAGAUCCUGAUGGUCACAGGGCUCCUGGCUUACAUCAUGAACUACAUCAUCGGCAAGAACAAAAACAACCGGCUGGCUCACGCCUGGUUCAACACCCACAGGGAGCUGCUGGAAAGUAACUUUGCUCUUGUGGGGGAUGAUGGCACUAAUAAAGAAGCUACAAGCACUGGGAAGCUAAAUCAAGAAAAUGAACACAUAUAUAACUUGUGGUGCUCUGGGAGGGUGUGCUGUGAGGGAAUGCUCAUCCAGCUGAAGUUCCUCAAGAGGCAGGACCUGCUGAACGUGCUGGCGCGCAUGAUGAGGCCGGCGUCGGACCAAGUGCAAAUAAAAGUGACAAUGAACGAUGAGGACAUGGACACAUACGUGUUUGCUGUUGGAACCAGAAAAGCACUGGUGAGACUUCAGAAGGAGAUGCAGGACCUGAGCGAGUUCUGCAGUGAUAAACCCAAGUCUGGUGCAAAAUAUGGGCUUCCAGAUUCACUGGCCAUCUUGUCGGAGAUGGGGGAGGUCACGGAGGGAAUGAUGGACGCCAAGAUGAUACAUUUCCUCACACACUACGCUGACAAGAUCGAGUCCGUCCAAUUCUCGGACCAGUUCUCCGGUCCAAAACUUAUGCAAGAGGAGGGCCAGCUCACAAAACUGCCCGAAACUAAGAAGACACUUUUGUUUACAUUUAACGUGCCUGGUUCAGGCAACACUUCCCCAAAGGACAUGGAGUCUUUGCUGCCUCUGAUGAGCAUGGUCAUCUACUCCAUUGACAAAGCCAAGAAGUUCCGGCUGAACAGAGAGGGCAAACAGAAAGCUGACAAGAACAGGGCACGUGUGGAGGAGAACUUCCUCAAGCUGACCCACGUGCAGAGACAGGAGGCCGCCCAGUCCCGCCGCGAGGAGAAGAAACGGGCGGAGAAGGAGCGGAUCAUGAACGAGGAGGAUCCCGAGAAGCAGCGGCGGCUGGAGGAAGCUGCUCUGCGGCGGGAGCAGAAGAAGCUGGAGAAGAAGCAGAUGAAGAUGAAGCAAAUCAAAGUGAAAGCCAUGUGAGGAGCCACCUGGGGAACUGUAAUUCACGGGUACCAAGACCUCUGUAACUCCAUAAUCCUCUGCUUCUUUGAGCACUCGUAGCCGUCGAGAGAAAAGUCCUUGCAUUGGUGUUAUUUAAGUAUUACAGCAACAUGCAGGUGUGUGUGGAGGAGCUUUUGUCUCGGCACUCCUUAUUCCAGGGGGUAAAAAAGUUUUGCUAUUUGUCCGUUUAAAAACAAACAAACAAACAAAAAAAAAUUGCAAUAUUCUCGAAUGCUCUUUUGUCAUUUGUUCUUUAAAAAAACAGAAGGUUGUAAACCUGUCCACGUGUGCUGGUAACAUCAUUCAUGCUUUGGUUUUAAAACUUUGGGUUUUGGUUAAGUGGGAGGGAAAAGGGGGGGGGAAAAAAACUUAAAAGGGGAGGAAAACUGCACAAUAAACAUUUACUGUGCAUUUGUUUGCAUCAAGGCACAAAACUUAGAGCCUUCCAUACACAGUAUGGAUUCUUCAGGGAUUUAAGCCCCGUAGAAUAGAAGUGAUUUUUUUAUUUUCUUUCUUUUUU